AUGUGCGACCACCCUAAAAAAUUUGUUUUCCUCAGCGGUACAACUGUUAAACCAGUUGAGCUUAACAAUAUCCCUUCAGUCAAAAAAAUUUUCAAAGAUUUCCAAGACAUACUCAAAAGAGAAUGUAAAAGGGACAGGCUUCAAGAUAUCAUAGGUGUUGUUCAUGAGAUCGGAAACUGCGAAUCCAAGGCUGGAGGAAAAAAGAUUGUCAUUUCUUUUAAACUGAGAGAUUUUGGUGGGAACAUUGUAACGUGCACUUUAUGGGAUACUUAUGGAUCCAAGUUUUUGAAUUAUUAUAAUGACAAAGCCAACUGUGGAGCAAUAGUGAUUGUUGUGACUCAUGCAAUCGUGAAGGAUUCCCAAGUCUCCAAUGGCUGGAGUGGCUCAAAAUUUUUGAUCAACGAAGAAAUUGACGUUAUCCAGUUGUCUGACUCUCAGAAGAAUGAAAAACCAUCCCAAUCCACACAGACUAUUUCUACUUGGUCAGGCUCAACCCAACACACAACGCUUGAUAAGUUUGUUUAUAAUGCCAAAUGUACGCUCUGCACUUUGAAGGCUCCAAAUCCAGAUAAUCCAUAUAAAUGUGGAUGCGGCGAAAAUGUUAUGAAACCCGUACCAAGGUAUAAGGUUGAGAUACAUGUGGUUGAUGGAGAUGCCAAGUUCCGAUUUGUGUUUUGA